AUCUGGUGACAGCCACUUAUGCUGCAAAAGCAGGACUGAUGAGGCAAAUCUUUUGAGUUCUACAUUCUGGGAAUUCUGCAUCAGAUAUCUCAGUGAGCCUGCUGACCCUUGUGGUUACUGCCUGUGGUCUUGCUCUGUUUGGCGUGUCUCUCUUCGUGUCCUGGAAACUCUGCUGGGUUCCGUGGCGAGAACGAGGCCUGCUGUCUGGUGGCAAAGACAACAACCAGGAGCCUCUUAACUACACAGACACAGAGACCAAUGAGCAGGACAACAGUGAGGACUUCCUAGAUCCUCCCACCCCCUGCCCUGACUCCUCCAUGAAGAUCAGCCACACAUCCCCUGACAUUCCCCUCUCCACCCAGGCGGGGGUCCAGGAGAACUGUGCCCAUGGUGUCCGCGUGCAGCGCCAAGUUACGGAGCCAACCUCAUCGGCUCGGCAUAAUUCAAUCCGUAGACAACUCAACCUGUCAAACCCGGACUUCAAUAUCCAACAGCUUCAAAAACAGGAGCAGUUGACUGGAAUUGGCAGAAUUAAACCAGAGUUAUACAAGCAGAGGUCAUUGGAUAAUGAUGAUGGGAGACGGAGUAACAGCAAAGCUUGUGGGAAACUGAACUUCAUUUUAAAGUAUGACUGUGACUUAGAGCAGCUCAUCGUAAAGAUUCACAAAGCUGUCAAUUUGCCUGCCAAGGACUUUUCUGGAACUUCAGAUCCUUAUGUCAAGAUCUAUUUGCUUCCUGAUCGGAAAACAAAACACCAGACUAAAGUUCACAGAAAGACCCUGAAUCCUGUGUUUGAUGAAGUUUUUUUAUUUCCGGUUCCCUACAAUGAUCUUGAAGCACGGAAGCUUCACUUCUCUGUGUAUGACUUUGACAGGUUCUCUCGCCAUGAUUUGAUUGGCCAAGUGGUGGUGGAUCACUUCUUAGACUUGGCUGAUUUCCCCAGGGAGUGCAUCCUUUGGAAGGAUAUUGAAUAUGUCACCAAUGACAAGGUGGAUCUUGGAGAGUUGAUGUUUUCCCUCUGCUAUCUUCCAACGGCUGGCAGGCUGACCAUUACCAUUAUAAAAGCAAGGAAUUUAAAGGCAAUGGACAUAACAGGAGCAUCAGAUCCCUACGUGAAAGUCUCACUGAUGUGCGAUGGUAGACGACUGAAAAAGAGGAAAACGUCCACCAAGAGGAACACACUGAAUCCUGUUUACAACGAAGCCAUAGUCUUUGAUGUCCCUCCUGAGAACAUUGACCAAAUCCACUUGUCCAUAGCAGUCAUGGACUAUGACCGUGUAGGUCACAAUGAGAUUAUCGGCGUGUGUCAAGUAGGCAACGAGGCUGAGAGGCUGGGCAGAGACCACUGGAGUGAAAUGUUGUCAUAUCCUCGGAAGCCCAUUGCACACUGGCAUUCCCUGGUGGAGAAACGAUGACUGUGGGUAAGGACCGUUCGUGCCAAGGCCACAAUAGGACAGCCAUCUUACAAAGAUCUUGAGUAACUUUUCCCAUCCAGCAACACCCGGAGAACUCCAGUGACCAAAUGCUCAGCUGUAAUCACAGCAAUAACUGGCUCUCUUUCCAGAUUGGGUUUGGUGAACCUGAAUGGUCCAGCCACCUUCUUCAGGUGGCCAAGGUGAUGUGAUGCAGGAGAAGCACAUCUCUCGUGGCCAAGUACCAAGCUUGCACUGUGGAAGAAACCAAAUGAUGUAGUGAGAGUACCAAGAGUACCAGGACUCUUAGUGACUAAUAUAAGGCCCCUGGUGGUGGAGACAGCCCUGGCAACAGUCACUCUGACAUGAUGUUAUUUGCUUGAAUGCCCUGGAAGGACAGAAUGUUUAAAAAUAUAUCCAGGUGCUAAAUAGGCAGCAGAUCUCAAUUCACACUUGAAUACUUUUGAGUUAAUGACUGUUUCCAAAAAGUAAUUUUACCCCAAGAAGUACUCCAGAUUUGCAGAAGUAGCCCAAGGAGAAUAAUAGGACAAGCAGGCCAUUCCCCUGGAGAAAAUCUAGUGCAAGGAGGGCUAAUUCAUAGCAAAUUCACUGCCCCCUCCCAUGCACGUGGCAGAGAGUACCAGUUGAUCAUGGCCCUCUUUUCUGCUGAAACCAGAUUCUGAGAAGUCAAAAACCCCAAGACUAUUAUCUAGGUAGCCGGCAGCCACUUUCUUCUAAGUGGUGUUAUUAUUAUAAGAAUGAAAAGUAAUUGUCAUCUCUGUUAGAGAGGUGCACAUCAUAAUGGCAUAAGCAUUCUGGAAUUUCCUUUCCCAAGCACAUUUGUCCACUGAGGGAACAGCCUCAGAAAUAGGUGUAGCAUUGUGUGAGGUGAGAUCAUGGAGAGAUAGCACAGCCAUCCCGAGCAGAAGGCACAGCUUUGGGUCUUGGCCUCAGUGCCUUCUGCGGUAUUUCCAUAUGCAACAACCCAGAGUAAUAGCUUUGGGCAGCCACAGAUAAAGGUUUCCUUCUCACUUCAGACACAUAUAUCACUUUUGAAGCCCUUGGGGAAUGGAUAUGCCUGCAAGAGUGAAGGUCAAGGUCUCUCCCGGGUAUCUCGUUCAUUACUCAGCUUCCUUCCUGACUACGUCUGCCAACCCACUGCUAUUCACCUCAUCCUCAUGGCUUCUGCCUCCAUAGAAAUGAAACCAAAGGCCUCAGCAUCCCUGGGAGGACCAGGAACUGUCACCUCCUGGUCUUCUCUCUGCCAGCCACACAUUUGCACAACUCUCCAAGGUAGCAUUUCCCUUUUCAUACAAUCUCUUUGCAGCAGAAUCCAGAGUUGGAUUGUAGUUUACCUUCCUGGAAAGCUCAUUAUCUUCAUUUCAAUUAACAUUUCCAUGUGGAACUAACUGGUUGAAAGCAAGAUCCUUGCAUGUCUUCAGAAAGUUCUUGUUGCCACAGCUGCCUAGUACAAGAAGAAACUCUACCCUGAUAUCAGAUCUUAAAAGGGCAGAGGCCUUUGGUUGUGUGAGGCAGUGUUACUACACUCAAGCUUCACACAUUCCCCAGCCUGCCUGAUCCAUUUCCAUCUCUGAUUGGCUUUCAACUCCUGGGAUUCAAAAGGAAUCCAAGGUUCUGCCUAUGUCUGAUGACAUGAGAAAAAUUCAACUCUUUGUCCAACGUUCCCCUCUGCGCAUCCCGCCCCAUUCAGACAUCCUCUACAAUACCAGUGUUUGGAACCAAAGCAUGAGGGGCUAUUGCCAGCAAAAUAGUUAGCAGAAAUAUUGUCUCCAGAGCCAGGCAGAUGAGCCCAAAAGAAUGGUCCCAGAGAAAUCAGAUGGGCUCCGAUAGACAUCAGGCAGUCAUCCCAAUAAACUUUGACGUGUCCUUGGCAAUGGGAGGCUGGGUUGGGGAUCCUGAGGCAGCUGUGCCUAUUGUUCCCCACCUCAGGAUCUUCCUGCCCAGAGAGCUAGCAGCCCUGAGUGCCAAUGAGUAUGCUACUGGCUUGUUGGCAGGAAACAGAAGGCGGUUUUGUAGGGGAAAGCAGGCAAAGAGGACUGUCUCCAUUGGCAGGCAGGUGGUUUUGUGUCUGGAAAGCUUUGCCGAGCCAGUACAGCUGUGGCCAGAGGCUGGUUAUAAAUCUGAAUUCCCUCAGCCCAUUUGCAACUCUGCCUCUGUUCUCUUGCAUUCUGUUUGGUUUCCCUUUAGUUUCUCAGUAAAUGUCCUUUUGAAAAACUCUAAA